GACUCAGAUUACAGACCAUGAGCGUCUCAUCUAGUGCGCAUACUCAUAUGAAGAAUUCCAUAUGUGGACAUCGUCUCUGUCAGGUCAGUCAGACCUUCGGAGUGGACAGAAGCUAUCUAUCAUGUUAGCCUUCGCCCUUGGUCUGUUUUUAUUUCCGCUCUGCGGUGCGGUCUACACGGGACCUUUGCUCCCUGAAAUGUCCAACGGGACAUUUCACCACUUCUUCGUCCCGGACGGUGAUUACGAGGAAACCGAAGACCCGGAAAAAUGCCAGAUGCUUUUCAAAUGGAUCGACCGCAGACCGUGUCCAGUGGAGGAAGACCGGGACUCGAUCAUCCGAGAGGAUUUUAUCAUCGUUAAACAACAGAUCGAAGACGCAGCGCGCGUUCUGGAGAGCAUUGGGAAGAGCAUUUCCUACGACCUGGACGGCGAGGACAGUUACGGGAAAUACCUAAAGAGGGAGAUUGUGCAAAUCAGUGAGGCAUUUACAAACGUGGAAAAAUCGCUUCUUGAGUUGGAGACGAAAUUCAAGCAAAGCCAGGAGACUGGGCAAAGAGAGGAGAAUGAAUUCACCAAUAACUUCAUCAACCCCAUGUAUAGUGUGAAGGACACUCUACAGGAAACUCUGGACAUCUCGUCCGGACUCAAGGAUAAACAUGAACUCAUCUCUCUGAUCAUUCGGAGUCAUGGAUCGAGGUUAAGCCGGCUGAAAAAUGACUACCUGAACGUUUAGACUCACAGACAUUCUGGACAGACUACAGUCCAAGUUGGAUUGUUAUUACAAGGAUCUAGUAAAAAAAAAAAAAAAAAAUUGUGGUUUUGAGCAAUGAAGGUUCCUUCACUCUUAAAAAUAAAGAAAUCUUAGAGUAGAGAAUCAUUUUGGAUUAGAGUUUCUUUGAAUAUUAAAAAAAAAAAAAAAGUUCUUUAAAGCAUAAAUCCAAAAGUUAUUUGAACCUUUAAAAAAAUUAUUCUGAAAUUUUCUGAAUAUUUUUAGUUUUUGUCUCUGGGCAUGCAUGCAAACAAGAUUUUUGUUAAAAAAUGUGUAUGCCUUUUUUGAUUAGUUGUAUAAAUGAAUAAACGUAGAUCAGUCACAUUUUAGUUCAUGUAAAUGUCAGGUAAACUAAAAUGCGCUUCAUGAGGUGCAACAUCUACAUUAACUGGUUUUAUUCAAGUCAAAAAAUAUUAUUUAAUAAGAUUUAAUUAAUUAAUAAAGUCAUUUUUUAAACAUCA